UCUGCGUUCACCGGAUCGCCGCAGCGGCUUGUGAGGACGCUCGCAUGCAGCCUCAUUGGCACACGUCCCGGCCUGCAGGGGUGGAGCGUAUCGGGGGCUGCCUCUGAUGUUCGGUCAUCCACACAGCAGUACGGCUGCAGUCAGCGACAGGAGAGGAGGGCCUGAGACGGAGCCGCUGAAGGAGAGGCAGCUGGGAAUUGUGUUCCUGUUGAAUUGCUGGAUCUUUGCGCAUUCCCCAUCCCGAAUAACGGUCACUUCAGGGAGAGAUUAUUUGGGAUAUCAGGGAAUUACAGACGCUUGUUGUGCUCGUCUUUUAAAGCUGUGUCAUUUUUGAAUGAGUGUUCAAACUGUUGGACUUUCCUCGUCAUCAAAUGGAUGCGAGUGCGUGAGGGGAAUACUAAUGAACGGCGCUCUGCGUCCUGCCGAGGCGCACCGCUUCUCUCUCUGCUGCUGCUGCUGCUGCUGUUGCUGCUCCUGAGGGCCACAGCAGAACCUAUCGAUCAUCCAGAGCGUAGCCCCCACUGUCUGCCGACCUGGGGAAUUUUACUGCUACAACCCAGGAAUUAACGAGCCGCAUCUGAGCUUUGGAACCUUGCAUUUCCAGUUUGGGGAGGGUGGAUACAAUCCCCCUGCAGGGGAUAAAAGCCAAAAUGGGGAACAGCUUCUCCAACAUCUCUGCCUUCCAGUCGCUCCACAUCGUCAUGCUGGGUUUGGACUCCGCCGGUAAGACCACCGUUCUUUAUAGACUGAAAUUCAACGAAUUCGUCAACACCGUCCCCACGAUCGGCUUUAACACGGAGAAGAUCCGGCUGAGCAACGGCACGGCGAAGGGCAUCAGCUGUCACUUUUGGGACGUGGGGGGACAGGAGAAGCUGCGGCCCCUGUGGAAGUCCUACAGCCGCUGCACGGACGGCAUCAUCUACGUGGUGGACUCGGUGGACGUGGACCGACUGGAGGAGGCCAAGACCGAGCUGCACAAGGUCACCAAGUUUGCGGAGAACCAGGGAACGCCGCUGCUGGUCAUCGCCAACAAGCAGGACCUGCCCAAGUCCCUGCCAGUGGCCGACAUCGAGAAGCAGCUGGCCCUGCACGAACUCACGCCCUCCACCACCUACCACAUUCAGCCCGCCUGCGCCAUCAUAGGCGAGGGGCUCCACGAGGGCAUGGACAAGCUGUACGAGAUGAUCGUGAAGAGGAGGAAGUCCCUGAAGCAGAAGAAGAAGCAGCGGUAACAGCGGGACUCUGUUUCUGCCUGACUUAAUGUGAGGAAUCCGGGUUCUGGCACCCAAGGCGGGUUGACUUCCCUUAUUUUCUUCCAUCCUGUGUUUCGGAUUAAACCUGUGAAGCUCUGCUGAAUGAUGGUUUUGCACACUGAAGGUGGCAGGGUGAUCAACACAACAUUAAACCAAAAAAAGACCUACGGUACAAUAGGAUCCAGAAACGUUGUGAGGAAAACAGGCUGGCCUGUUUCAUCUGCUGCUUUAUCUAUGACUUUAAAGGAAUAGUUCCGACAUUUUGAAGUGAGGGUCUGUGAAGUUGGAUCACCUGUAGGAGACACGUGUCAUUUUGCAGGGAGUUGGUUGAAAAGUGAGGAAAUCAUCAGAGUGAUGAAACUGUACAUGAUUAUAUUUUAGGGAUUCGACACCAUAUUAGCUGUCUCAGUAGUUGGUUACCAGUCUCAAGGGUUUAAAAAGCUCUGAUUUCAAAACAGAUGACUUUUCUCUUUUUUUUUUUUAGCACAGUGGUCCUGUAUAUUACAAUUCUUUUUAAUGACACUGCUGGUCAGCUGGCUGAAAGAAGGCUACUAUGUAUCUAAAAUACUUAUGAAAAAGACCAAUUUGUCUGUUUAGAAAUAUUUCCUCAAAAAACAGGAAAAGGAGUGCCACCCAUCACUCUUAUAAAAGUUGUACAGUUUUAAAAAUACAGCCAGCAAGCUGAUUUAAAUAACAACAAUUACCUCAUGUUUCUCAUUUUUGUUCGAAACCUCUUAGUAGCGUUAUACAAUGUAACUGUGGUAUUUUUACACAAGGCUAUCGUACUGUGAGACUCUCAAACCAUCCUAUGCUCACUGCUAGGGCCACAAUUCAUUAGGGCUUACCAGGGCUAGGGCCCCCGUUAUUUUUUUCCAGAAAAUUACCCCGGUUGACUGACAAUUAAUUGGCUGUGUGGAUUAAUACAGCCGGCAGGUCAAAUCAAUUUAAGUUUAUCCUAGUAACCAGAAUGAUUUUCAGAGAGAAAACAGAAACAUGAGAGCUAAUUUCUGCUAAUUUAAUGUUGUACCCCCCCCGGAUAUAAACAUUUUCAGUUGAAAUUGUUCUGCUAAUAUCUGUGAAAAACAGUGUCUUUCAAAUGUAACAACAGCAAAUCUUUUGCAGUUAGUGUUCUGACUAGCUGUUAGCCUUCACCCACUCUUAAGGUUUCACCACUUUUCUUAAAACUAACUGUAGUAUGACAUGGAAACAUUACUGUUGAUAGCUUUUACUGAACAUUGUUUAAAAAAUCGGAACUAACUCUUUAACACCGAAGAAGCUGUGGCUCACUGGGACUGCAUUCAUUGACUCAGUUAAACUUUUAUUUUCAUCCGCAGAAUGCGUUUUUGGAAUCACAAGUUUGAUUUUGCAUGUAGCUGGGGUCACAGGUGCCUCGGCUCUUUUUAUGUUUUCUCACAGACAUCUGUAGUAUCAGUUGAAUAUUAUGGGUGUCACACAGACUGUUCUGGUUUUUGUUUUCUUUUUUAUUUGGAGCAUUGAAGUAGCCUUUCCUCUGCAAUGUGGACUGAGGACAGCGUCCACUACUUUGCACUUUUCAUUUGCUAACAAACCAGUAGGAAACUACACUGUAUUAAUAAAGAAGCAGAUCCAGGUUGUUUAUGUACCAAGAGGCCAAAAUUGAAGUAUUUUUUGAAUAUUAAAAGAUUUUAAGCCCAGAA